GGGUACCAGUCAAGUAAGAUUGUUGUAGUUAUUGAGAUAAACUGAUUAAUAAAGUGGUUAGCAGUUAGCGGCUGUUAGGCAAUUGAGUCGCAUAUUUUAAAGAUGCCAUUUACUAGAAAUUGGGACAAAUCUUCUCCUCGCGUUUGGGAUAAAUGGGAGGCUAAUGGCCAAGAGUGGGUUGUUCAGGACUUGGACCCAAAUGAUGAUGAAGAGGCACUUGAGAUUUUAGUAGAACAUCUUUGUAAUGAUGAACUACUUUGCUCUUUAAGUAGGCUUACUGAAGACAAAGAAAGCGUAGAAGGUAUUAGAAAAUUUUGUGUCCCUUGCAUCGCACAGAGGAUGACUUUAGGUUGUUACACCUGGGUAGAUGGUAAAAAGACUCUGGUAGCUUUAAACCUGUGCAUCGUUAUGUCUGCUGGAGACACUUUUCCCAAUGUUGAGAUUACAGGUGAGAAGUGGAAAAACGUGUAUUAUGGGAUGGAGUAUGUUGAAACCAAACGAGAUCCACACAAAUACUUAGAAUUGGAUACUCUUUUACAUGCGUUUGGGCUUGUUGUGAAGAGGGAGUACAGAGGUUAUAAACUUGGUGCCAAACUGUUGGCUGCUAGGGAGCCGCUGUGUAAGUUACUUGGAGUAAAAGGUACUACUACGGUAUUUUCAGGCCCAGCAUCACCAAUCUUGGCCGCUAGAUGUGGAUUCGUCAGCAUUUGCGAAGUGUCCUUGAAAGAACUAGCUGACUCAGGACUGGAUUAUCCUCCUGAACCUAAUACGUAUAUAAAACUCAUGGUUAAACACUUUUAAUAAGCCAAUAUUUUGGUACAGAAGGAGCAGUGUUGGCCUAGUAGCUCUCAGCUGGCUCUAACGGACUUUCACAGGUGCACAUUUUACACUCGCUCGUACGGUGAAGGAAAAAAUCGUGUAAAUCGAAUAAAUCAAAAAGUCUUGUCUAUUUAAAAAAAACAAUGAUCACGAAAUAUACACAUUUGAAAUUUGA